AUGUCAUCAGAAACAGGACUACAACCGGAGAUGGCAAACGUCGACCGACCCAAUGAAGACGUGCCCGUCGCCGCUGAACAAAGUGAUGAUCUGUUUGGCGAGGAACCUAACGGAGAGUCCGUCGACGAUGUCGCCAAGGCACCCGCCAUCGACGGCCUCGACGAUGUUGCUGCCUCGAAGCCGGCGCCGAUCGCCACGGAUCUUUCUGAAAACGGCCCCCCGACUCCCGCUGACUCACAAACCGUCGAUCCUCAAUCCAGCUCAGACGCCGCUCAAGUGACAGAACAAUCUUCUGGCAUUGAAGGCGUUGCUGAAUUCAUUCCUGCUGACGCGAACCUCAAUCAGCCCCUCGUCUCACCAUCAGAACCGCUCGGUGACGGCGAAGCGCACAUCACUAAGGAUACUGAGAUCACUGACGCGCCUUCGCUCGCACCUGCACCCGAGACCGUCACUACCAUUGCGCCCGAAACCCAAGGUGACGAAGAGUCAAAGUCUGCUGGUACUGACAGUGUUGUUAACACCGGCCCCAACUCAGAUCAACCUGCAGCCUCAGAUCUUCUAGACAGUGUUGCUAACCAGUCAAAACAAGACGACACAAGACCUGGAGUAGAGCAAAAUUCCACUUCGUCAGAUCUUCCCGUUAGUGCUGCUUUAGCAUCAAAAGCCCCUGCCAUGGAUGUAUCCGCCGCUCAGGCAUCUGCCACACUCCCGGUCGACACAUCUAUCGACCAGGAGAUGUCGGACGCGCCUUCUGCUGGAACUGUCCGCGCACGCGAAGAAGAGGAUGAUGGAGCUAGCGAACCCUCGGCAAAGCGCGCAAAGACCGGAGACGAUGUCAAUGGAGAAGCGCAAGCCGAGUUCAAGGAUCUAGGAGCUUCGAAAAUGGCCCAACCAGCACCUGCCACUUCGAAUGGUGGGACUAACGGUAUUGCCGUCAGCGUUGUCCGCCCUCAAAACACACCUCGCAUCAGUUCUGGCCCUAUCACUAAGAAUCAAAAGGCCUUCUUGAUCGAGAAGAUGAAGAAUACCAAGAAAGUCAAGUCGGCCUUCUGGUUCACAAAGCCCGUCGACUAUGUUAGCAUGAACAUCCCUCAUUACCCUACCAUCGUCAAACAGCCCAUGGAUCUUACCACAAUCGAGCACAAACUCAAGACUGAUCAGUAUGCGUCGGUGGAUGAUCUUGUGUCCGACUUUGAGCUCAUGGUCACCAACUGCUUCACCUUCAACGGCAUUAACCAUGCCGCUUCGGUCUCAGCGCAGAACCUCAGGGCCUAUUUCAUGAAGCAAAUGCAAAUGUGCCCGACUGGUGAAGCUGCACUGGUCAAGCCCAAGCACGUCGCUCAGAAGCCGUUGCCAAAGCCAACUGCAGUACCCCGACCCGAGCCGGUAAAGCCCGCUGCGCCUGUCAAGUCUCCUGCGAACGAAACUUUUGCCUUGUUGCCCGAUGGAACACCUAUGAUUCGCAGAGAUUCGACUGCCGGCAGACCCAAGCGUGCAGUCAUUCCUCCUGCUCCGCGCGAUCUUCCUUACUCUACAUCCAAGCCCAAGAGGAAGGAAGCCCAAACCGGUUUGAAGUUUUGCGAUCACAUCUUGGAGGAAUUCCGCAAGUCCAAGUAUGAUCGCUUCGCUGCUCCUUUCCGUAUUCCUGUUGACCCUGUCGCACUCAACAUCCCCAACUACUUCAGCGUCAUCAAGACCCCUAUGGACAUCUCCACGAUCACACAGAAGCUCAAGGGUGGACAGUAUGCAUCCGCAGAAGAGUUCAGAAAUGACUUUGAGUUGAUGUUCACCAACUGCUUCCGCUUCAACCCUCCUGACAACAUCGUGCAUCAGAUGGGCAAGGACUUUCAGGCCGAGUUCCACAAGGAAUGGUCCAAGAAGGACAGCUGGAUCAAGAGACACACGCCUCAAUCUCAACGCGCUAGUCCCGUGUCAGAUGCAAGCGAUGAUGAAGAAUCCGACGAGGCACCUGACGGAGACGAUGAGCACGACAACAAUGAAGCUACCAUCACAUUGCUCAGAGAACAACUGGCCGCCAUGCAAAACAUGGUUGCUUCGAUCUCUGGUGGCAAACGUGCAUCUCCCAAAGCUUCUAGCAGCAAGAAGAAGAGCAAAAGCAGCAGCGGCGCCAUCAGCAAGCCCAGCAAGAAAUCAGCCGGAAGUUCUAUCGUUUCUCGCCCUACCAUCAAGACGGGCUCCAAGCCUAAGAAGCAGCGUCUGGUGACCUAUGACGAGAAACAGGAGAUUAGUAGUGCCACAGAGCACAUGAGUGCUGAGCAGGUGGAGAGACUGACCAACAUCAUCACUGAGAAUGUCGCCAAAUACAAGGACAUGGCUGGUGACGAUGUUGAACUUGAAAUCGACGAUUUGCCUAACGAGGUGCAGCACAAGCUUCUCCGUUACGUGCGUACCAUCUUCCCUAAGGCCGAGCCUGUCGAGAUGGAUGCAAACGCCAUCGACGAUGAUUACGAACCUGAGAAGCCGUCAGCGCGUUCCGGCGGAGCCGCAAAGAAGAAGCACAAGCCCAUGAAGAAGCACGAGCAAGAAGAUCGCAUCAGACAACUCAAGGAGCAGAUGGCUUCCAUGUCUGGUGAUGUCGACUCUGUUAGCAAUGGUGCAGCACCUUCAGCUCAGCGUCGCGCCGACAGCAGCGAUGAUGAUGACAGCGAGAGCAGCGAGGAAGAGUGAAUCCACCCUUCUGACCAUGCUCAUCACUCGAGUCGGACUCGAUUGCUCAGCUGCAGAGAGUAGUAGCCAACGCUUUACAUUAUUUGCGUCGGAUGAUAACGAGACCAAGGCC